AUUAUGAGUUGGACAAUUAGUUAAUUUGAUACAAUACCAAAGCAAGAAUAAUCGAAAAAACAACUAUACCACCGCAUACUAAUAAGUAACACAUAACAGAUAACCAAAUUCUUGAAUCUUAAAACAAAUUUCAACUCGAGCAUUUAGUGAAUAUCAAAUUAACUAAUAUCCCGCCCGUAGGGCGGACCGACCCUAGUAUGUAAUACAAUAUACCCACAAAUGAGUAACCAGACAAAUCCAAAUUUUUUUAUACAAAGUCAAGCAAUGUAUAAAAACUUAAAUAUAAAUUUUGAUAAAAACAAUUAAAAAAUAAUAUUAAUUCAUUAAGGUUAAUAAUGUAAUAAACCAUCGUGAGAAUUAACAUGAGCGCAAUACAUAGGAAAUUGAUUUCUUAAAUAAUGUUAUAGAGAUUCUAUAAAUUAAUAUUUAAUAAAUUUAUGCACAUUAAAUUAAUAAUUAUUUUUGGCCACGAGUUAGACCGGUUUAAAAUAUGACACAAAUCGAUAAGAUAACAAUACAAUUAACUAUUUUAUAUAAAACAUAUAUGUGGAAAAUAAAAUGUAAAAAAUUAUAAAUUAAAAAAGUACCUUAGUACCAAGAUUCUUAAUUUAUAGAGUUUUACUUUUAUGUUUCUUUUAUUUUACGAUUUUUUUAUUUGUAGAGGAUUUGCAAAUAUGUUAGAUUGUCUUUUUGACUCAAGUUUUGAAAAUAGGAAACUGAUAUAUAAAUGUAAAAUUAGGUUUAUCUCGGUUGUAGCUUGCUUUCGCUCUCCAUCUCUCGUCCUUAUAUUAUCAAGAGACUUUUGACUUGUAGAGUUAAUUAAUCACAGGUAGCUAUGCAGUGGAGUAGCCUUCCAGAGGAUUUGGUAGAGGAUAUACUCUCUAGGGUUUCUGCUACACCUUUGGUACGACUCCGAGAAACAUCGAAACAAUGGAACGCUAUAUUGAAAAGUGGGAGCUUCGCUAUGAUGCACGCUGCUCAUGCACCAAAGGAGGAGUCUCUGAUGAUCACGUUGAUUGAUCAUAGGGUUUGCUUAGUAAAGAUCAACCUCCAUGAUCCAUCUGUUAAGGUUGCACCGCAUGCAUUAUACCUGAAAGAUCCUCUUUCUGAUUCUUCCAAAGAAGUCGACAUACGUAAAGUUUUUCACUGCCAUGGCUUAUUGUUAUGCAGCACAAAGGACAAGAGGCUCGUGGUUUGGAAUCCAUGUUCAGGGGAAACCAAGUGGGUUAAACCUAGAGACACCUACAAGAAAAGCGACUACUAUGCUCUUGGUUACGACAACAAAUCCUCCAGCAAGCAAUACAAAAUUUUGAGAAUGGAUCGCACAGAUCUCCCCCUCAACAACGUGUACGAGGUUUAUGACUUCACCACUAAUUUGUGGCGUGUUCUUGGUGUGGCAACUGAUUGGUUUUUAGCAAAAUAUCGUGGCGGCAUAUCUGUGAAGGGAAAUACUUAUUGGGUUGCUACUCAAGCAGUAGAAAAGCCAAACCAUGAUUUCAUACUUAGCUUUGAUUUUUCAACAGAGAUGUUUCAAAGUCUGUCUCUUCCUUAUCCUUUUCGGUAUGGUAUAUCGGCUUUAUCAGUGGUCAGAGAAGAGCAACUUUGUCUCUUAGGUGCUCACCCUGACAUAUAUUUUUGGAAUGGGGGCAUACCUUUAUCAUGUUUACAAGUAUGGGUGAUAACUAGUACUGGAUCAUGGAACAAGUCCCAAGCAGUGUAUAACACAAGGAGAUAUCCGUCUUCUAAGGGGAUGAGUUUUUUGGCAGAUGAGCAGAACAAAGUUGUAGUGUUUUUAAACACCAACAACACGUUACACGUUAUGCGACAAAAUAAACACAUACUAGAGAAACAUCUUGGUGGAAAUUCCUCACUUCUUCUGAAUUAUGUACCAAGUUUGGCACAAAUCCAACAUGCUACACUUCCUGGAGGACGCAAAAGGAAAGCACCAAGUACCUGACUUGUAAUUGUCACACUAAUCUAUCAGUUGUGUCUCUUUUCCUUGUGUAUUUAAAAAAAUGA